UUGAUGUAAUCAGUCAGGAGGUAGAGGUCGCUGUGAGGAAAGGGGUGGAAGAAGAAUGGAAGAGUAGAGGGAGGAAGUGUGAAUAAAGUUAAAAGAAGAACUGACUACAUUGCAUGGUCCAUUUAUUUCAACAAUAUAUAACAUAUUGGCGACGAGGAUGGCAACUUUUGGACUCUCGCCCCCUCCUGUGUUUCUCGAAACUCCGGCUAUGAUUGUUCACAUAGGACAGAGUCUCUUCAUUUUAUGGCUUUUACAUCAUGUAGACUUCUCCUGGGCAGUUUCAGAGAGGUUCUCCGUUGUUGGUCCUUCUCAUUCCGUUGUUUCUUACCUUGGUGAAGAUGUCAUCCUGCCUGCCUCCCUGUCACCGGCAUUGAAUGCUGAGGGGUUUCAAGUCAGGUGGUACACAACCGAUAUCUUUUCACCAGUGCUUUUGUAUGAGGAUUAUAGAAUCAUAAAUCGCAUUGACACAAGAAGAGCUUUGUUUCAAGAGAAGCUGAAGAUCGGCAACAUAUCUCUAAUGGUGCAGAAUGUCCGUGCGUCUGAUGAAGGCAUCUACACAUGUCUUGUGGUCUCUGAACAGUUGGAGGAAGACGUGAAGAUUACACUGAAUGUUGAAGUUUUAGGUGCUCAGCCCUCCAUUUCUAUGAGCUCCACUGAAGGCCAGAAGACCCACCUGGAGUGCAGCUCUGAAAAGUGGAACCCCCAACCAGAAGUCACCUGGAUGGACAUAAAUGGGACAGACAUGACGUCUCAGUCCACAAUAAAAUCAGAGCGGGACUCUGAGGGUCUUCUGACAGUGAGCAGCGUCCUGCCGGUGAAGGAGGAGUACAACGUGUUCAGCUGUCUGAUGAGAAGUAAAGCACCAAAGCCAGACUGGCACUCCGGACUUGCCAUCUACAGUUUCUCACCAGGCAUCUCUGGCUGGUUGGUGGCUUUCUGCGUUUUGUUGAUCCUUUGCUUAGCAGCAACUCCUUUGCUGUUCAUUCAAUGGAGAAGAAUGAGAGAAACAAACACCAAAUAUGACUCAAUAGUUGGAUUCCUUCCUAUUUGGUUUCUGCACAAGGAAAACGAAAACUCACAACGUCUCACGAAUGCAGAAUGGAAGAGAAUAUGCAUCUCAGCAGCUGAUGUCACUUUUGACCCUGAGAGUGCACACCCGUUGCUCAUUGUGUCCGAAGAUGGGAAGGACAUGAGACUUGGAGACACACAGCAGAGAGUGACAGACAAUCCAAAGAGGUUUGACCACUUUACUAAUGUCCUGGCCAGAGAAGGAUUCACCUCAGGGAGACACUACUGGGAAGUGGAGGUCAAGGAGAAGACGGCGUGGACUUUAGGAGUCGCCAGAGAGUCGGUCAACAGGAAGGGGGGGAUUAUAUUGAGUCCAUAUCGAGGAUACUGGACUGUGGGGCUGAGGAAUGAGAAUGAGUACAAGGGUCUCGAUUAUAAUGAUGUUCCCCUCCCUCUGAGAGUGAAGCCCCGGACAGUCGGGGUCUUUCUGGACUACGAUGAAGGGCAGGUCUCCUUUUACAAUGCCCAGUCUCGCUCUCACCUGUACACCUUCACAGACUCCUUCACUGGGACCCUCUAUCCAUUCUUCAGUCCUGAACUUAAUGAUGGUGGUAAAAAUGCAGCCCCCCUGGUCAUAUGUUCCCUGUGCACACACUGACCACUCUGAAUUAAUGUCACUUGUCAAUAUCUGUUUCUGGUCAGAGCAGCACAAAGCCAAUGGAGACUUUCUUUACCAUUCAGUCCACCGAAUUCGAAGCCCCCCUGAGGUGUCCUGUUGUUUGCUGUUCGUCUGAUUUUCAAUUUCAGGAUUUCUGUGUUUAAUGUAGACAUUGGGACUGCACACUUGGGAUUUUUAAAUUGAAGUGGAUAUAAGUGUCAGCUUCUCAAACAAAUGUGAAUCUUUUUCAUUUUAUCUGAAAAUGAACAGUAAUACUGUGUGCUCAUCUUUAAUUUGACAUUCAAAGAUGAAGCCAACAAAAAUGGUUGUGUUCUCCACAGCACUGGAUUUGUCUUCUUCAAUCUUUGUAUAAAGUCACUUGCUGGUGGUCAGUCCUGAUGGCUCGAAGACUGCAUCUCAGCAGGAGAAAUCCAAGACUCUCAAUAUCCAGCACACCAUUCAUUUUGUAACUCACUUAUCUAAUUCAGGGUCAUGUGGGGGCUAUGCCAAUGUGGGGAUCAACAUGGAUAAGAACCAAUCUAUGACACCAGAGCUGAAGACUGGACCAUCAAUCACUGUGCUACUAUGUUACCACCAAUCAGACAAAUUUAAAUUAAUAUCUAGCAUUAUAACCUUAUAUUGUUUAACUUGAACUAAAAUAUACAACAUUGUAAGUCUGCUGAAAAGUUCAUCCACCACUGAGAAGAGUUUGUGAAUAAACAAAACAUAAAGAGACAUCAAAUUAAAAUAGAGAAAGAUAGGAAUUUAAAAAAUAAAAUAGAUUCUGACUAAAGACUACAAAAAUAAGUCAUCGACCUUAGUGGAGGUGACACGGCACUGCCCUCUGUACAUCAAAUGGCUACUCAUGAGCUUCUCUACAAUGUCACAGCGACUGGUCUGAGAGUCCAUCACACAGCCCUAAAACUCUGGCAGACUCGACGUUCACAGAUGUGAGUGACCUGAUUGAGGGUCCACAUUAUCUGCCACCACUGUCACCCUCUGGGAAAAUUUAAAUUCAGAGAGUCAUGUUGUCUUAAUAGGAGUGAAUGACAAGACCCAAUGAAGAGUUGAACUUGGAUCAUUCAUCUUCAAAGUGGCCAUUAAGUGUGGUAAGUUAUCAGGUCAGCCAGGAUUUUUGAGUCCCAUUGGAUUAAAGUGUCUGAUAAAGGACCAUCAGGGUCAUUUAGAGACCUCAGCAGGACCUCUUCUGCUCCGUCAUGGACUCAUUUCAGUGACACACACAGCUGCACUGCUGCAGUUCUAGAAUCAAGGUGUGCUACAGAAAUGAUGAUAAUAAUAAUAGCAGACAUGUUGACUCUCUGAACUAUGUGAAGAAGGCUAAUAACAGCUUGGACUAAGGACCCAAGAGAUUGGGUUGAGACAGUGGCCUUGAAUACUGACAACUCAGAUUUCUGUAUCAGAGCCUGGGUCAGUUAGUUCAAAUGUUUCAUGCUUUGUGGUGUGUUUUUGUACUUUUGCCAAGGAAGCAGGUCCUGUAAGCCAGGUUGUUUCCUUAAGAUAACAAGCUGGGAUGGCUCUUGUGGCAUCAUCAGCUGGGUUUAAGUCAGUAGCUAUGCCACUGCUGUGGAGGUGUGAACAUGAGAUUCCAUGCGGAGGCUGAUAUGGAAACAAAUACAGUAAAUGGUAUUAACUCUCUGGUUUUGUCUGUUUCUGAGUCGUCAUCAUCAAAUUUAAUACAAGUUCUUAAUCAAGCUUUACCCAGUGGAGUUUUGAUUGCAUUAUUAUACUGUACAUAUAUUACAUUGAGGGUGAACAGGAGUUGGCAGCAUGAGGGGUCUCCCCUUGGAGUUUCAUACAUGCUGUCCUAAAUAUAUUAUAAGAAUGUUUGCUUCAGCAAAGCAAAGUUUUAUUAGAUGGGCAGCCAGUUAAAACACUUUGAUAUUCUUUAGUUAUUUAUCAUAGAUAG